CAUGAGGAGACUUUCUAGGAUGACACUGACCACGUAGGGUGUCUGUUGGCCAAGACUGUAACAGGUGAGUUACAUACACCUUAUGUAUGCAAAUUUUACCUUAAAAAGGAAAAAGAACGGUUGGGGCUCAGUGGUAGAGUGCUUGCUUAGCAUGUACCAGACACUGCAAAAAAAAACAAAAACCAAACCUGUAGGCACUUGGACGGCAUCAGCACGCGGCAAUGCACUAGGGUAGAUCACUGGCUUUCUGAGCAGCAAACAUGAAUGUUGGAGUUGCCCACAGAGAAGUGAAUCCAAAUACCCGUGUAAUGAACAGCCGGGGUGUGUGGCUGACACAUGCGUUGGGAGUUGGCUUGCUUCACAUUGUCUUACUCAGCAUUCCCUUCUUUAGUGUUCCAGUUGCUUGGACCUUAACAAAUAUUAUACAUAAUCUGGGGAUGUAUGUAUUUUUGCAUGCAGUGAAAGGAACACCUUUUGAAACUCCUGGCCAAGGUAAAGCAAGGCUCCUAACUCAUUGGGAACAACUGGACUAUGGAGUACAGUUUACAUCUUCACAGAAGUUUUUCACAAUUUCUCCAAUAAUUCUAUAUUUUCUGGAAAGUUUCUAUGCAAAGUAUGAUCCAACUCUCUUCAUCCUAAAUACAGCUUCUCUUCUGAGUGUGCUUAUUCCCAAAAUGCCACAACUACACGGUGUUCGGAUCUUUGGAAUUAAUAAGUAUUGAAAUGUUUUAAAACUGAACAAAAUUUUACAGCUACUGAGUUUCCUGUAAGGAAGGAGUAGUUAGUAAACUGCACUGCUUCUGUGAUAAUGUGAAAUGAGAGGUAUCUACAUCAGAGGACCAACUGCUGGUUCUUCAUAUGCUGUCUUGAAGUGCAGAAUUCUACUAAACGAUACCUGUUUAAUACAUCUGGUAUAUUUUUGAAGAAAGGCUUUUUAGGUAGGCUGGGCAGGUCCAGCUUAUAAGUUAAUGGUAGUACAGUGAGGAUGUAGUAUAUAAAUCCAAGGGAGUAAGAUAUUUGUAAGAAACUAGGACCAGCUUAAAUAUAAUGAUGGGCAUGACAUGAGGAAAAGAAAAUUUCCAGUCAUUCAGUGACAGUGUAGGCAGACUUAACAUAAACCAGAAUCAUCUCUAUAAGUUUAUUAUAGAUUCUUUUUAUUACCAUAUAUAUUUCUCUUAUAUAUAAGAGGAUAUAUACCUUCUUGAUUCAUACAAACCACUUUCUAUCUCAUGAGUAUAUGGUGUUUUGUUUUUGUUUUUUGGGUUUUUUUUGCUGGCUCAGUAUUAUGUGUUGAUAGAUGAAAUUAUUUUUGCAUUUAUUACAUUACCUAGUUCAUGAAGGUCCACUUUUAUGAGUGAUGAUGGAAGAGAGCCAGGUAUCUAACAGAUAGCUUCUGAGUGAGCAUUCCAAGUUUGGAACAAAAUAGAUUUUACAUGGUUUUCUAGACACAAGGCUAUUAAUAAACCAAUCAGGAAAAUAAUUUAUUUCAAGCAGUUAAAGUACAGGGGAGUUUAUAGGUGUCUGCUGUUUUGGUUAAGCAACUUAAUUGGUAAAGUCUGUCAUUCCUUAGAAAAGAAAUAUAAAGUGGACAGCUACAUAGCUACCUGUGGGGUAGCAGUAACUACUUCUCUAGCCAUAGUAUCAAAGCAAGUAAUGGAUAUUUUGUUUUAGCAGGUCUAUAGUAAAAGAUAAGAUUGUCUUUCCUUAGUCCUGCUCUCAACCCUCAUAGUUUGCUUGUUAAUAUUUUGCCUUUAAACUUGUGAGCCUUAGUGUAGGGAACCCCAAAAGGUAACUAUUUAGAGUAGUGAUUAUAUUGAAUUCUUGUGACCUAGGGAAGCUACCUAUAGUUGUUAAUAUUAAUUGCAAGAAAAAAACUAUAUACUACUUCAGAAGUAAUCACAUUAAAAAAAAAAAAA